AUAACAUGAGCAUGUGUGUGUUGCGAGAUUUCUCCCGAGUAAACUUACAGUCGUCAGUGUGUCCGCGGUGUUCCGCGAGACGGUGUAGAUAGAAAAAUUUUUUUAAAUAUAUAAAUAAUAACAAUAAUUCAAUAAAUAAAUAAAAAAUAGGAGAGAUAAGUAAUAGUACAUUGGUUUCACAUAACUCAUUUGAACACACUAAUAAAAGUAUUCAUAUAUGUAUACAAAAUAACACACACACAUACAAAUACGUGAGCAAAAAAAAUUAAAAAAAAAUAAGAAACAACUACUACUACUACUACAACUUCUUGGUAAGUAGUAGGCAGUGAGCCAAAGUGAGACAUUCGAAUAAAUAAUAAUCAUAAAAUAAUACAUAGGCGUUUGGUUUCUUAUUUACAUUAAUUUUCAUUUUCAUUUGUUCAUCAAUUUUAAGACAAUUUAUCUAUAAAAAAUAUAUAAAUACUUGUUAACACACACACACACACACUCGCCAAAUUAAAGUGUGUUUAUUGUUGUGUAGUGUUGUUAUUGUUGUUAAUAUUUAUGUUUAUUUUAUAUUGGUCACAUUGUGUGGAUGAAUGUAUUGUCGUCGUCGUUGUUGGUGGUCGUUGCAGCGCGUGUGUGGCAAAGGAUUAUUGUUGUCAAAGAUAUUUUCAUAGUGUCGGUGGUGGUGAAAAAUAAAAAAAAUAAAAAGUAUUUGUUUUUGUUGGUAUUGUUGGUGGUAAAAGCGGUGUUAGUGGUGGUGUUUAUUAUUUUACUUGUAUCAGCAGUACUCGUGGUGGAGUAUCACGCAUCAACGAAAUUAACUAUAGGACACAAGAAACGAUCAACAGCAAAUGUUUUAAAUGGACGCAUCGUCCAUUAUCACCCAAGUCUCGAGAGAUGACGAGCUAGGACAUUACAAUAACGAAAAAGCACAAUUACCCAAGGACAAUGAAGCAGCUAGUAGCAAUGGACAAUCAUCAAGUGGUAAUAAAAAACCCAGGGGACGUGGAUUAUUACGUUCGUUGUUGUGUUGUCUUGGAAAAGGACGAGGUGGUAAUAGUUCAAAAAGUUCAAAAGCAAGUUCAUUACAAUUUGACAGUCGUGCAACACCACCUCCUGGUUCACCUCAUUUUUUAUUACCACCAGUUAAACAUCAGGAUAUGCAUAAAAAAUGUAUGGUUAUUGAUUUGGAUGAAACACUUGUUCACAGUUCAUUUAAACCAAUAAAUAAUGCUGAUUUUGUUGUACCUGUUGAAAUUGAUGGUCAAAUACAUCAAGUAUAUGUUUUAAAGAGGCCUUAUGUUGAUGAGUUUUUACAGCGAAUGGGUGAAUUAUACGAGUGUGUAUUAUUUACAGCAAGUUUAGCUAAGUAUGCUGAUCCAGUGGCUGAUCUUCUUGAUAGAUGGGGAGUAUUUCGAGCUAGAUUAUUCCGAGAAUCUUGCGUAUUUCAUAGAGGAAAUUAUGUCAAGGAUUUAAAUAAACUUGGUAGAGAUCUUCAACAAAUAAUCAUCGUUGACAAUAGUCCAGCUAGUUAUAUAUUUCAUCCUGACAAUGCGGUUCCUGUUGCUUCGUGGUUUGAUGACAUGACAGACUCUGAACUUCUUGAUUUAAUACCAUUUUUUGAAAAAUUAAGUAACGUAGAGAAUAUAUAUAAUGUUCUUUGCAACAGUAAUCAUCCGUACAAUCAAGUUGUACCAAGUGGUAUACAAAAUAAUUCAAGUCCUGGUGGUGGUGGUUCAAUUGGUGCUUCCUAGCACUGUUGGGAGCCUGGCCUCGCGGUCAGCCUCGUUACAUCACGCCGCACCUUGAGGAGGGCUCUCAAUGGUUUUAUUCAAAUUGUACAAUUAUCAUCAUUUCGUGAUAUUCAACACACGGAUAUACCAACAACCAGCUAAAAAUUAAUAAUUAUUAUAUUAAUUAAAAAACAAUAUUAAAAACGAAAAAUAUACAAAAAAUACAUAAACAUCAUCAUCUGCAUCUAGACAAAUAUUCAAAAUAAUAUUCCACAGAGUGAGAAAAAAUAAUAAUAAAUUUAAACAAAAAAAAAAAAGCUAGAUAGAGAAAAAAAAUAUUUAAAAUUUUUCCAGUUAUCUGGAGAUGAACGUAAUUUUUUUUAAAAAUUAAUAAAUUAAAAAUAAAAAGAAAACAAUGAUAAUAAUAAUAAUAUUUUAGUGAAUUGACGUUUGUCUUGAAAAGAUGAAAAAUAAUAACAAAAUUAUUAUAAUAUUAUUAUUAUUAUUAUAUUUAAAUACAAGCUCAUAAAAAAAAAAUAAUAAAAAAUAAAAUUAAAAAUUAACGGAAAGACUCUCGCCUGGCUUCCACGUGGCCAAAUAUAUAUAAAAAUAUAUAUUUUGAUUUUUUUUUUGUUUUUUUUUUAUAUAUAAAUAUAUAUAAUAUUGAAAUAACAAUUGAAAUAAUUUUUUUUUUUAAUUUCUUAUAUGCCACAAUCAGCGAAUUGAAAAAAAAAAAAAAAAACAAAUAAAAAUAAGAUUAUUAAUUCAUUGGUAUAAAUGAGAAAAUAAAAUAUAAUUUUUUUUUAUUAUUGAAUAAAUGCAUAUCGUAAUGAAAUUAUUUUACCACAUAAAAAUAACUAACAAUAAAUAAAAAAAAAACAAAUAUAUAUUAUAAAAAUUUAAUAUGAUUUAUUUAUUUGAUAUAAGUUUUAAUUUGAUUUUGUCAAAUAUUUAAAAGAACAAAAUAAUUGUUUAUUAAAUUUAAAUCACUGCGGGAUACGAGUAUUUAAUUAUCUCAUUCAUUUACAAACA